UGUAAUAUACCCAGUCACCUUUGUGUGCUCUUUAGAAAUACAUUAUUUGGAAUAUUUUUACAAAGUAAAAUAAUUAUUUCCAGGUUACAAAAGCCCUCAAGAACUUCCGGGGCGACUUGAGCACCGAGGAAAAAGACGGCGGCGAUUUGAAAGAUGGCGGCGCACACGCAGAAAAAUAACAAACCGGGGAAAUCUGGAGGAAAAGAGGCUCAACCUCUGAUUAUCGCUAAAACUCCGGCGGAGGAACAGCGUCUGAGGUUGGAGAGGUUGAUGCGGAACCCGGAUAAACCCGCUCCCAUCCCAGACCGACCGAAAGAGUGGAACCCGCGGGCCCCUCCGGAGUUCGUCCGAGACGUGAUGGGCUCCAGCGCCGGUGCAGGCAGCGGGGAGUUUCAUGUUUACCGGCACCUCCGACGCAGAGAGUACCAGAGGCAGGACUUUCUGGACAAGAUGGCAGAGAAGCAGGACGCGGACGUAGAAUAUCUGAAAAAGGUGGAACAAAACAUAAAGGCAGCCGAGGAGAGAACGGCGAAGCGCAGGAAGAAGCGGGAAAAGAUGAAGCAGAAAAAGCUGAUGGCAAAGAAGGCAAAGCAAGAGGCCAACGACAAGAAAGAAGGCGACGCCGACGAGAGCUCGGACAGCAGUGAAGAAGAGAAGGGAGAUGAAGAAAGAGAGGCUGACGAUGAUGCCGAGGCUCCCAGUUUCAUCAUGGGGAAGAAGUGACGCCCUUUGUCUCCUGCAGAGUGAUGAACAGACAGGGCGGGUACUGGUUUUUAAUGCUGCUUGAUAGUGACAUUGUGGGUGACUGACCAUGAAGGCAUGGGGGACAUGGACACCAGAAUCACACAUAACCGCCUCUGAAAAGGAAAAUCUCUGGAACCAGUUAAAGAACCCUCUUUAAGAGAAUGUGCUCCCUGUUUUAACACCAGAGAAACAUGGAUGGACUGCCUAGUUUAAUAGGCAGGACCCCCCCACCCUUCUGAUUUUGGGGUUUCUUGAGCUUGUCAAAAUGUAUUGUCAAGUUUUCAGAAUUUUGACUGUUGAAUUGUUGGGAAUCCUCUACCUUUUUAAUGGUAUAUUUGAAUUUUUUUUAAAAUAAAAAUGAGAAUAUAGAUGGAGAUUUGGGUGUUACGCAGUUUGUUCACAUUGAAAUUGCUAAGUUCUUUUUCGGGUGUAGUCGCUGUCAGUCUUUGCAGCCUUGUGAAGCUGCUCCUUGCAAGGUCUAUUGCUUGUGGGCACAACAAGGUUGCAGAAAGCAACUCAAAGAAUGAAAAGGCGUGACUUCUGGAGGCUCAGGAGUUUCACGUGCGAUGUUCCUUGGACAGAUUCCUGCUUUCCACGGUGGUGAUGGUCUCAUUCUGUAGCCAUCAUCUUUCUUGAGGCAGGUAGAUUAAAACCUGGCGGCCAGAUAUUGUUUGAAACAGGGAAAGCUCUUCCUGUCAGACACAGUCAGCUGUCACAAUAACACCUCUGGGUUUUUUUUUUUGUCAUUUAAAAAAUCAAGGCACACACUGCUUCAAUAACUUUCAAUUUCUCUAAUGAAUUAACCUUUUCAUUAUUUUUGCCUUGAUUUAAAAUCACUGCCUGCUUUGCAGAACAAGUGAGCCCUCUGAUCCAGUUAUUGUAUUUUAGUUGUAGUUCAUGUGCUGGUAUUCCACACUGAUUUGAUUUAUCUCUUUAAUGUGCAGCUUCAAAUUUCUGCUCUGUUGAAAUAAAUUCAGCUUGUGCUGUUAUGACACGUAACACAAAUGGAAAGUUUCUCAAUAAGCGAUUCUGUUCACUGAUGGAGGAUUUAGCUCAUUAAAGAUGCAUUGGAGUUCCCUGCUGAGGUUGAAUGAGGAAUAAUAAAGAACUGUAGUAAAAUGUGGGUCACUGCAAAAAGCAUGGAGGGCAAUUUUAAUGCAUCAUAUUCAGGGGCAAAAUGAGUGUUUAAGUUCCCACUGAUAUCUGAAGUGAUUGAAAUAUAAAAUCUGUGUUCUUUAAUAAAUGUUUUAUUACAUUAUAAA